AUGAGAUUGAGCAGUAUUCUUUUCACGACAUUAUCUGCACUUUCCUUAGGUCAAACUGUGGCUAGUGCUCCAUUAACCUUUGAAUUGAAGAAAGGUCAAGAAGAAUGUUUCUAUACGCUGACCUCUGAUAUCGACUGUGACAUUACGUACUAUUUCUCUGUUCAAGAUGCUCCAAAGAAUGAUUAUGAAAUCAGUUACAAGAUCUUUGGUCCAGCUAAUCAUCAACAACCAAUUAUUGAAAGAUCUAAUGAACGUCAAGGUGAAUGGGCUUUCUUAGGUGAUGAUAAAGGUGAAUAUAAAUUCUGUUUCGAAGGUGGCAAACACGGUGACAAAGUUGUUGAUUUUGAAAUUAAAUAUGAUUGCAAACAGAAUAAUGAUGCGAGAUCAAAGAAUCGUGAAGAAAGAAAGAAAUUGAGAAACUUGAGAGAAGUAAACACUGAAGCCGAAGAUCUUCAAACUACUUUGGAUGAUUCCAUUGACAAAAUUGAGAGACAAUUACAUAUGUUAGAAAGUAACAUGAAUUACUACCUUGCAAGAAAUAGUAGAAACCAUUUAACUGUUAAAUCCACUGAAAGUAGAAUCGGCUGGUUUUCUAUGUAUGGUAUUCUCUUAGUGGUAGGUAUGAGUGCAGCACAAAUUUUAGUCUUACAAUGGUUCUUUAAACAAUCCAGAAAGAAUAGUGUUUAA